AUGAUAAUGGGUACGAAUCGCACAACAACACCUUAUAAUACAACAAAUAUCAUUCAGAUGCAAGAUAUAACUUCAAUAAAGUCUAGAUUAAACGAAGAAUUAUUUUCAUCUACUCAAGAAUCAUGUCUAACACUUUGUCGUGUUUACGAUUUGACAAAGAAAGGAAAAGAGAGGGUUUACAUUUUGUGUGCUUGCAUUUAUCCCAAAGCGGAUCCACAACCAACGAUUCACCUGAUAAAAAUACCGGAAAAAAGUACUGAAACAUGCAAAAAAAAAACGUCGUUGUUAUUACGCGAUAUAAAAACAAUUGAUUGUGCACCGGAUAAACGUUCAACAACAAAAACAAAUGCACGUGCAGAAAAAGAGCGUGGCAUCGAUAUUAUACACGUUGAUCGAGAAUAUUCAUUUGCUUGUGUGACAAAUGAAGAAAAACAGGAAUUUUUAAUAACAUUAAGAAAGGUAACAGCUCAUUAUUUGAAAGAUAGUAAACAAAAGCCAAAGUUUAUCAAUUUUGAAUCGGAUGAUCAGCUUAUUGUAAAUCCCAAAGAUGUAGAAGAUAUGUCACGGAAAACGCUACAAAUGGAACCCUCUGAUGCAAUUACACAACAAGAAGAAGACGAUUUAACUAGUUUAAUGUCCGAGUACGAUUUCGCGAUUAAAGAUGCCGAACGUUUUGUUGAAAUGUUACAACAACGAUUAACCGAUUUGGAUAUUGCUAACGUCGAAACAGUAAUGGCAUCAGAAAAAGGUGCUGUACAGUUAAUGAAUAUGCUGGAUAAAGCGGUGGAUGAAAUUACAAAAACAGACACGCGUCUAAGUUUAUAUGAGAAGAAGUUGAGUAGUGUGGCUGAUGCCGUAAAAAUAAUGAGUCGUAAAGAUUCGUUGAUUCAAAUCGAAACAUCCAAUGUUCUCAAAUUAACCGAAGCGCUUGAUAAUUUACUGAGCAUGCAAGAUUUUCCCGACGAAUAUAUUCAUUUAUUACAAAAUAAUGAUCUAACAAAUGAUGAUUCACGUACAAUGUGUACUCAAGCAGCAAAUCAUUUAAAUCAAGCAUUGAGUGUACAGUUACAACCUGGCAUGGAAAAAAUGGUUGCUGUAAGACAAAAACGUGAACUUCUAGAGCAGACACAAAAAUCAUUCUCGUUGCGUGUAAAAAACUUUCUGAGCAACAAAUUUCUUUAUUGUGCAUCCGAAUACGGUGAACGUUUUCAAAUUGGGGCGAAUGAAUUACCACGUCACACUGAAAAAAUUGCUAAACAACUGCUACCUUACAGUCCACUGUGUCAAUGGCUCAAAGUCGCUGAUCAGCAACAUUUCAAAGACGUUUGUCAAGCUUAUAUUUCACAUAUAAGACCAAUUUAUUCACAUGAACUACAAGGAUUUAUAGAGUCUGCUCGUCUUGGAGUUCAAAGAGGUUUACCAUCAGCGUCGGAAAAAAAGAUAGGUUCAGUGACAUCACUGACCGCUCGUAACCAACAAAAACAAAUACUUCAAACGCAAACUUCCACUGGUAGUAGUGGAAGUAGUGGUCCAGUCGAUUAUGAUCCAUUUUCAUUACGUAAUACACCAAAAGAAUAUCGCCAGAGGUGUGAUAAGAUAUUUGAACGUGUUUUAUCACAAGUUGGACCCGUUAUACGAGAGGAACAAUGGUUUUGUGUGAAUUUUUUCAAAUUUUUAGAAGAAGAGACAAUCUCCACUGACAAUGCUCCCGAAUCGACUGAGAGUAUUGAAAAUUUUAGUUCAACGGGUUUGAAACAAAUGUUAUCAGAUCUUUUUGAGCCGUUGGAUGCCGAGCUUAAAUCUUUAAUAUCGUACAUAAGAAGUGUUGAACCAUACAUAGUCUUAUAUUUAUUUGUUCGAAUGAGUGAAUAUACUAUAGCUGUCCAAAAUUUUGGAGCAUUUUUAAAUAAGCUGUUUGCUGGAAAUUUGAUAUUACUGAAACGAGAUGUCGAUAGUUACAUAAGUGAUGUUUGUUCACGUAUAAAUGACUAUCGUCCAUCGAAGAGUCGUCGUGUUGGUAUAUUACCUUUUGUUACAUAUUUUGCUGAAUUUACCGAAGAGGCUGAAACUGUUUUUGAUAAAUCUCAACGUGCUGUAGAUUUGCAUCGUGUCUAUAAAAAUUUGGUAGCAGCCAUAUUUCGGGGAAUUGAAAGCUGUGCAAUGUCGGCAGGUGAUGGAAAAACACCACCGUCAAUGGUUCGACUAGAAAACUAUCAUCAAAUGCAACAUAUUAUUGGUAUUAAUAAGUUGUCCGUGUUAGAUAAUGAAAAACAAGAAGCAAGAAAAAAUUAUGGUACAGCCAAAGAUGAAUAUGAACGAGAAUAUUGUGGAUUUCCAUUUGAAAAAUUACACGUAAAUUUCUCAGAGAACUUUUUCGACCGUGUAGAUGAACUCCGUAAACGUUUAACAAAAGAUGAAGAUGUUCAGUAUCAUAACGAUUUUGGAGUUAUUGAGUUACGUCGACUAGUACGUGAACAUCCACCAAAAGAGGUACACAAUUGUUUAACAGGCAUCUCUAUUCAAAUGAUAUUUUCACGUGUGUUUUCACAGGUUAAGAAAGGACUUGAGAUUUUGUAUCGAAAAGUCGAAAAACAUUUAUCCGAAAAUUCUUCACUUAUGCAGGCUAUCUGGCAUGAUAUUCAAUCGUUAGUGCUUGAGGAACACGAACGCAUGACAAAACUAAUAGCACAAUGUUAUCCAAAUUCAAACAUUCAACUUGAUUUUACUGUGGACAAUCUUUUAAGUUUUUUUGCUGAAAUUGCCCAUUCAAAUUAG